GUGGAUGAGACUGACGUGAUCCUAACCGACAAAUAUUUUAAUAUAUGGUGGUGGAGGAAGUCUUCAGAACCUCCAUUUACGUAAAACCACUGACAUCACCCUGUCAAGUAACUGAAUAUUAUUAUUAUUACUCAUGCCUGAUUUUACUGCUCUAAAUGGUUGAGGUGGAGCUAUUUUUUUAAAACAAUUUUGCUGACUGCGGCUUGUGAUGACUUUCCUUAUUCAUUGUUAUUUCCCCUAAUUGAUUACUUGUUUGGUUCACUCAGGGCCCAAAAUAACACCUUGCCAAUACCUGUUUAGUGUCCUGUGCAAUGUCUCAUACAUUUUGAAGUAGCAUAUUAUAAAGCUGAAGGGAAUUAAAAAGUACAAAAUGUGAAAUGUAGAAGUAGGAAAUUGUAUGAAAAAAAUAUGUUUACACAGUACUUGAGUAAAUGUAUACCGUCAAUACCAUUUGAGCAAUUUUUAAUGGCUCACACACUUCCCAUUAUGGAAGUCUAUACGUGUUCUGUUGUUUUACUCAAGGUUUUGUUAGUCGAGUGUGCGGCCCGUUAGCAUGGAGCUAUCUUUCCUUAUGAUUAUGAUUAUAAUAUAUACCUAUAAUGAGGUAUCAUCUGAGACUGUUGGAAACAUUUUCUUGAAUUCUCGCUACUUUUGUCUUUCAGGAUUUGCAUUGGAAUUUUUUUUUGUAUGUUUUUUAUCUCAUCUUCUGACAUCUGUUAUUUAUUGGAAGUUGUCCAUUGGGGGGCAGUGGUGUUGUGUAUUAGCUGUGACAUUCGCAGCUGCAACCCUCCUGUAGGUGUGAAAGACACUGGCUACGUCUCUGAGGCACAGGGACACUCUUUGGCCGCUGAGAGACGCUACGUCCCAGCUCAGCUAAGUCUAUGUGCUGACUGCCUAGAACAUAGCUUUUCCUUGUUUAUGCAUAUUAAUAGAUGGGAUGUACAUGUUUGCCGUGCUUUACUUUACUGUUAUUGCAGCUUUUUUAUUUAUCUGCCUACCUUUGGAGUUAGAAUUACUGCUAAAGAAUCAUGAAGAAACACUGCCAUUGUUGACCUUGAAGAUCUCUCAAGAUGCUCGACGUGACAAACCCCCGGACUCUGGGCCGCAGUAUCUGCAUCAUCACAGGAGCCUCCAGGGGAUUUGGAAGGGCGCUGGCACACGAAGUGUCCCGCUGGCUGCAGCCUGGCUCUGUCCUCCUGCUGGUGGCUCGCUCUGAGACUCUGCUGCAGGAGCUGAAGGGAGAGCUGUGGAGCUUCAUCGUGGACCAGCAGUCGGCGGUUCACUGCGUAGCUGCUGACCUCAGCACGAGAGAGGGACUCGAUGAAACAGUCAGGGUGGCGAGGCAGGAAGCUGUGACGGAAAUGGAUCGUGUGCUUCUGAUCAACAAUGCCGCCUCUUUGGGAAACCUUUCAAACUUUGCGACUUUCACCGGCAUCGACGAGGUGAACUCCUACCUGUCCUUCAACGUCAGCUCUGCUCUGGUGCUGACUGCAGGGAUCCUGCAGGCGUUCCCCCGCGUACCACUCCAGCAACGGAGCGUUGUGAACGUCUCGUCGACCUUCGCCCUGCGGCCUUUGCCAUCCUGGGUGCUCUACUGCACUGCCAAAGCAGCCAGGGAGAUGAUGUUCAGAGUGCUGGCUGAGGAGCAGCCACAUGUCAAAGUCCUCAGCUAUUCUCCAGGUCCAAUGGACACGGAUAUGCAGAGGGAUAUUCUAAGGUUAACAGGGGUCAAAAAUCAUCUGUUGCCUUGCCAAGAGUCUGCUGAAAAACUGGUGAAGCUGCUUCUGGACGAUGACUUUGUCUCAGGUACCCACCUGGACUUCUUCGAACUGAAGAAGUUGACAUCAAGAGAUGACACAACAAUGUAAGAGACAGAGGGAAGAAUAAUAGUGUUCAGUUCAUGGAGAUUAUAGAGUGACACAUGGCUAAAUGUAGAAGGUCUGAUGCUGCUGGUCUCGUGUUAAAUACAGAAAAACAGAAAAUAAAGCACAGUAGAGCAACUUCGUGUUAGUUUUAUUUCUUACAGAACUCAUGAAAAACGGACUGUCUAUGGUUUCAGUUUUGAUGAUACGAUAACUUUCACAAACUUGUUGGAAAAUGAAUCUGAAGGCCUUAAAGUUUGUGAAAACACCUUAAUUAUGGUGUUGUUUUUAAUCAGAUUUACUGUAAUAUUGAUUUGGUUAUUUUGUCAUCUUAAUUAUGCUAACGGCAUCAUAUAAUUUAACAGUUUAGCAGUUUUACAGUUUUUUCCACUUCUUUUUUAAUUUUGAAUUACUAAAACCUUCUAUUGCAAUAUUUGUAUAUUCUGUUGUCCUUGCUCGAAGCAUAAUGUUGGAAAUAAAUAGUCUUUAACCAAA